AUGUCCAACUUGGGCUUGUAUCGGGGCCGUCGUGAAGGAUUGUCGACCGAGUGCAGCAUCUGCAUAUGGGAAUCGGUGUUGGCACGUACAUUGGCGUGUCUUGGAACGCGGAGCUCCUGUUACCAGAUAAUGCGGUUUGAGACAAGGUCGAUCAUCAAGUUUGUUGCGGAUGUGGGCAGGAGACACGCAAUAGUUAGCGCAUAUAUGCACCACAAUCAGCAUGAGUCGAGUGGGACGGUGGAAGCAUUGAUGCUUUCAGUGCGGUUGCAUAGUUCUAAUGCAGACGUCAUCGAGGUUCCCGACAAGCAGACUUCUGGGCAAGGCCUGUGUGGUGACCAGCGUCCGCCAAGGGAACGGCCAACAUUAGCAACCACCGUUGGCGUCAGGAUCCCACUUGAGGCAAGUACUGUGUACGUUUCGAGGCGCCAAGACCUUUCGCAGUCGGUUUUCCGGUGCACGCUGCGGCGGACAGGCCAAAUGCAAGACGGGAGAGGACAGGGCACGAAGGGGGGGCAUGGGGUGGCAGGAUGGCGGGUGGGGAAAGAGCCAAAACGGACAGGCGAAGGCGGCAGGAGCGCACGAUCGGAGAUCGGGGAUCUGGACUGGGACGCGGGGCUGCUCACAAGCGCACCCGUUUCUGCGGCGGGGCGGGGCGGGGCGUGGCGGGGCGUGACGCGUGACAGGGCAGAGGGUUGGGGUGACUCGGGCGGCAGAGGAGGGGUUUGUCUGUUGGAACCGCCUCCACUGAGUGGCAGAACGGAAUCUGCUGCUCGGCCGUCUCUGCGUCUGGUCUCCUUUCGGCGUUGGAUCAGCGACGUGCUUUGUGACCCAUUCGAAACAUCCUCGCUGCGGGCGGAAGAGCGAGCGAGCGUCGCUGUUGAUUCGCCCCUUGUAUCGCCACGGAACGGCCCACGCAGUCGCCUUCCAGCAGGCUUCGCAAUCUCCCGUCUUUCCUUUCCCUGCGCCUCCCGCACUGCUCUCCCCUCCGGCCUUUCGGCGGCUCCCACCCGUAUCCACGCCCAGACCCAUUGGCAAGUAACCAUAGGGCUGUCUGAGACCCAAGUGGCAAAUGCUCAAUGGCGAGAUGCAGUCGGUCCAGGCUAUGCAAUUGAGCCUCUCAUUGUCCGCUCGCCGACUUGCAUCCGGUUCCCAGUGUAUGCCCCGGAUUUGAGUAUCCGCGCACAGGAAUAG